AAGCCAGGGUCCUCCUGCGCAAAGCUGAUUGGUGCUCAGCCAAUGGGCUCUAGGAUGCUCCAAUAAAAGCUGCUUACUGCCCUGGGCUGGACAGAUGCAGGGCAAGGGGUCAGCUCUGCCGCUGGACCCUGGGGAAAUGCCCACUGCCUCUCUGAACAGCACACAUCUGUGGCCUGCAAAGAGAAGUCAGACCUUGAAGAUGAAACGUCUGCUUCCCCAGUUCCCUUCCAUCCUGGCCAUCUACUGCUUCUGCAUGCUGCAGAUUCCCUCCCCAGGAGUUUCUCAACCCUUAGCUGAUUCUCCAGAUGGCUUAGAUGUUGUGGAGCUUGAGCGACUGGUAUACUGUCUGAACCAGUGGGAAACACUUUCUAGCCAACCUAAGGAAAACCAGGAUAUAUACAAAAGGUUUUUAUUUCACUACUCCAGAACACAGAAGCCAAGGCAUCCAGUUAACCCUGAGUUUGCACCCGUGCAUCCCUUGAUGCGCCUGGCUGCCAAGCUCGCCAGCAGAAGGAUGAAAAGAUGGCCGCCUCCAGACUCCAGGAGUGCUGCUGUGGACUUUCCUAAGAAGGAUCCCACUACCACCUUGGGGAGGCCAUUUUUCCUUUUCAGGCCAAGGAAUGGAAGACACAUUGACAACAAGGUCCAGUAG